AUGCCUUUUCUCACCAAAGUUUGUAGCUUCGAGUUGAACUCUCAGUCCAUAUUCCAUCAGACAACAAACAAGGAGUCUCUAAUACGUUUCUUCCUCCUCUUUUUGCGCUUACAUUCAAUUCUCCACGUCAAAUGUGAUGACGAGGAAGACAAUCUUCUUCAAGAAAUCAACAGCUACAGAGCAACCUUAAACUUGACAGCGCUAACCAAGAAUGACAAGGCAGAAUGCCUUGCUGAUGAGAUGGCUGACCAGUUCAAAAAUCAACCUUGUACCAACAGUACAGGUUCCAACACCAUACCGGGUACUGAAACUCAUUUUUCGGACUUCCCCAGACUUCUAUCCAAGUGCCAUUUAAAUGUCACCGUCACAAGGGAUGGGCAAAUGUUGCCUGCUUGUGUUCCUGGCCUGGUCCCAGGUCUCAUUGUCUCCAACUUUACAAAGUCACAGUACUCAGGCUAUUUAAAUGACACCAAGUACACUGGAGUCGGGAUUGGUUCUGAAAAUGAUUGGAUAGUCAUUGUUUUGAUCACGAGCACUGCCGAGGGAAGCUUUAUGCCUGACAGUGCUGCCUUGCUUGCUUAUUUACGUUUGUCUGGAUUAUCAUUGUGCAUCUCCGAGGAUUUAACAUCCCGCACAGCGACAUUGUUUAUCCUCUGGAGAUGUUUGGCAUGCAGCAUUGGAGUGGAUGCUUUCUUGGCUAAGCUUAUAAACAAUGAGGCCUAA